ACCCCUAUCUUCACCAUGGAAGGUUCUCUCUCUAGGUAGUAGCAGGCAAUGGCUUUCAAGGUUGCUGCUCAAUGGAGCUCCCUCGGCGGGAUCGCUCUGUUGGCGCGCUUUUAGGUUUGCUUGCCCCGCCAAAGUGCCGUUCAAUAAUGGCGGGGGGGUCCGGGAAUCUCUGAAAAGGGGAAUAUCUAGUGAAGUGGGGCUGGUGCAUUCCAUUGCGACUUUUUGCGACGUCCCGGAUGCGCAACACUGGCAAAAGCUCGGAUCAAAUUCCAGUUUCCUUUCAGUGUGCUUCCGCCGUCUUCUUCGUCUAUCGAGCAGAAGAUGAAGAUACCUAGGCUACUGGCGAGGGAAAACGCCCAGCCCCAUCCGAGGGAUGAAAGAUAGGCCGUGUCCCCACUUCCGGGAAAGCUAUCAGUAACUAGGAGGAAGGUACAGGACGUAAUGUACCUGCCUACUCAGCAAGAGUCUUGCCGUUUUGACCCACAUGGUUCGAGCUUCAAGUGGAAAGCGGCAACGACUUGUCGACGAGGCAGCUCAGCCUCGAACCGUGGCUAAGGUUCCAUGUGCAUGUGCAGUAGUCGUAUUGUUUCAAUUCUCUUGGAGCAAGGUGGGUAAUACACACCACCUCCGAGAUCCGAUAUUUGCUAGGCCUCAUUCCCACUUGCUUCCCAUUUUCCCACAUGGAAUGGAGGCCACGAGUCGACGCCAGCAACAUGUCUUGAGAGUCGUGUGGUGUGGUUCAUGCAUCCCCGCGUAGUGCACAGCGUACGCAGCGGACUAAUGUCCGGGCCUAUCGUGGUUCCCGGCCGUCUACCCCCAUUUCCAUUUCUCUCAUUGGCCAUGAUUUUGCUGCUGCCUUAUCUCACUCCCGUCACCAUGGCCACGGUCGCUGGCGCCGCGCUUUAUUUUGCAGGGUGGUUUUGGGACUUUAUCCCGAUUACUGAUGAGCAGUCGCUCCCAUUGCCCAUUCGGGUUGUCGUGGCGAGCCAUAUCGGCUGCUGGUUUGACCGAAAGUUCUAGGCCUCUGCUUUUGCCGUUAUUCCCGCACACCUUUGCUGCGCACCGCUCCACCCUUGACCUUUCG